AUGCGAAAUAUGGAUCAAUUUCAAUUGAAAGUGAGUUUUUUUUUCAAUUAAUGGGUUGGGUUCGCUUGACUGUAGUUUUCUGAUAGCAGAAAAUCUCUCACCAAUUGUUUUAAAAUUAAAAACAUGUGGCAAUAAGUAGAUUUUUAUGACAAAUCGUUUAUUGCUGCGUGCAGCUGUUGGAGUAAGUAGACACGUGGUGCUCUAAUGUUCUAUCAAAAUUUUAAUAACAAUAAGUUGUCGUAUCAUAGUUAGUGUUGAAGUGUUCAAAAAACAAUCUUUUGUUUAUUCAGCUUCCUUUUUUUUGAAACUUUAGUGAAAAUUGAUCUUGCAUUCAGUCAUAUACAAAUAUCAUUUUUCUUUCCUUAUUUUAAACAAUCUUCUCAUCAAUCAUUAUAAUUUUUGACCAAUAAAGUAAAUACUAUUCUGAUUUCUAUUUUUUUUAUUGCAAAGAAAUGAUCAAAGAAUGACUGACACCUGUGCCAAUAACAAAUAAAUCAAAUAUAAUAUAUCAAAACUUUUUUCUGAACCUCUCUUUUUCAUCUUUUCGUAUUUACUUCUUGAAAAAUAUUAUUACACUUGAUCCGAAUUGUGAGCAAAAGCAAGAAAAAAUCUGUUGCGAUCCGGUACCAGUCACCCCAAGUGUAAUAUAUAUUUCAUUUCCUACGCAGGUUUUUUUCUAUAUGGCAAAAAACCUUUUUUGUAGUCGUAUAGUUCUAGGUGUGCUAUCUACGAAAAAUAUAGCUUAUAAGCCUUUUGCAGACUACUAAUUAGAAUUCUGUAGAAAACAUUUUUCAAAAAUAUUCGUUGCCCUUUUCGUUGGACGAAUGAAAACUGAAAACAAAUAUUAGGCGUCACUCCAAUCCUAAUUUCGAAAAUAAAAAAUAUAUACUUUUUUUCUUAUUCUCUCAAGUCACAAAGUUUCUAUAGAAACUUAUAUUCCCGUUUUUUUUUCUCAUUUCAAAAUAAAAAAAUAUGCGACGUGUAUAAAACUUUUGAAAUUAAUAAAACAUGGGCGUUGCAUAAAUCGCUUCCGCCGAUAUGAACUCUUGCUCUUAUUUUUUUGCCUUUUUUCUUGCAAAGUUAUAAAAAAUAGAAGAAAAUAAUUAAUUUGGGUCGAAACAUUGGCUCGUUCUCGAUUUACAAUUCAUCUUCUCAUAGACAAUUGUUAUUUCUUGUCUCGAUUUUAUUCUCAUAUUUUAUGUGAUUCUUUAUUACAUAUAUCUUGACUGGAAAUAUAUAUUCGUUCUAUUCUUUGUUUGUCGUUUACAUACAUCUCAAUUUUUAUUUUUGAUUAUUUUUUCAAACCCCUAAAUUAAAAAGAGAGCGAACGAGAAACAGGAUACGAAGGUGUAUAGUUUCCCGCUCAUUUUUUGAUUUUUUUUCUUCAAUAUACGACAAAAUAUGACUAAUAUUAAAAUAAGCAGCAUCAUUUUUUUUGUUGGCCGUAGUCCAAAUUUUUUUAUUUUGUCUUUAUAGAUGAUUCUGAAUGCCAUGACGUCACCUAACGGAAGUAGCAGCAAUGUUUCUGUGAAUUCAUCAGCAACUCCAAUUGUCACAAAUACUUCUUCAACUACAAAUGUUCAUCAAUUAAUUAAUAAUAAUAUAAUAAGUAAUAAUUUGGUUGGUGCUGCUGGAGAUGAUACAUUUACAAGACAACUUGUUGCACUUCAACAGUUAUUAUGUUUGCAGCAGCAGCAACAACAACAACCAAGUGAGUCAUUCAUGAACAAAACAGUCAUUAUGUUAAAAUAAUAUUAUGUUUAUUAUAGAUCUUAAUUCUCUACCCGCACUUCAACCUUCACCAGUUACACCCUCACUCCAAUUAUCAUAUUUUUCACCAACGACAAAUGGCUCGUCUUUGAUAUCAAAUACUUUAAUAAAACCACCAACACCACCAGAAACAUUUUCGAUAAGCUCAAUUCUAAAUCUACCGGUCAAACCUGCUGAACCAUUGAAACAUCGCAAAUGUAAGUUAUAGAAAAAUCGAAGUUUAAUAUAAACUGAAGUUUUUUCUUACAGUAUCUUCACCGAUUUCACCUCAAGAUAUUGUUGGAUUAUUAUGUCCUCCACCACCUGUUUUAACACCAAAUAGUACAAUAUCAGCAUCAUCUCCAAGUGUUUCAUUAGCUUCAACUUCAUCAAAAGUAGCAGAAGAGGAAGAAGAUUGUGAUUUAUUUGUUGAUGUUGAAUCAGUUGAUACAACUAUUGAUGGAAAAGAUCGCAGAAAAGCGCAUGUGGAAUUUUAUAGAAAAAUGAAAAGUAUGCGACAACGUGAAAGACAAUUAACAUGUGUAAUUUGUAACAAGAAAAUGGAGAAUACUGAAAAUACAAUACAAACUCAUAUAAGUGAACACGCAAAUGCUGGCGGAUAUCAAUGUCGAAUUUGUGGUUGGCAAUCAAAUGAUAAAUAUAGAAUAUAUGAACAUAUGAGAAAAGAUCAUCCGAGAAAAGUUGAUAUGUUUUGUGAUAAAAGAGAUAUGCCAAAAAUGUGCAAUUUUCUAUCGCAAUGUUUUCCACGUUCAACGACAAGACCGAAAAAGGAAUCGGAUAAAAAUGCCGAACGAUUUUUGGAUGAUUUGAUGCAAAAUAUGGAGAAAUGUCAACAAUUUUCCAGGCCUUGUCGAAUUUGUAAUCAACAAGUUAAGCGUGAAAAAUUGUCAAUAAUUCGACAUGUGCAAACAAAUCAUACUUUAAAGUAAGUUUCUCACUAAUUAUUAAUUAUUUAUAUAAAAAAUAAUUAUAUUAUUUUCAGAUGUAAGAUCUGCAAAAUAAUCACUGUUUCAAUAGAAGAACAACUUGAACAUCAAAAGGAAGUUCAUUCAAUGGAUCAACCAAAAAUGUCAGUUCAUUAUGCUCCAAGUGCCGCAGCCGUUUUCCUUUUUCCAUCACUCGAAAAAUGUUUUCCAAUUAAAUGCUGUUAA